AUGGGAAUUCAUAAUUUAGCAAAAUUAAUUGCUGAUCAAGCACCGGCAGCUAUCAAAGAAGGAGAAAUGGCAAAUUAUUUUGGAAGAAAAAUUGCUGUCGAUGCUUCAAUGUCUAUUUAUCAAUUUCUAAUUGCUGUUCGACAAAAUGGUGAAAAUUUAACAAAUGAUAGUGGUGAAACAACUAGUCAUUUAAUGGGCAUGUUCUAUCGAACAAUUCGUAUGAUUGAAAAUGGUAUUAAACCAGUUUAUGUAUUUGAUGGAAAACCACCACAAAUGAAAUCAAAAGAAUUAGAAAAACGUCUUGAACGACGUACUGAAGCUGAAGCUGAAAUGACUAAAGCAGCUGAUGCUGGUGAUGAAGAAGCAUUUGAUAAAUUUGUUCGUCGAACUGUUAAAGUAACUCGAGAACAUAAUGAAGAUUGUAAACAUUUAUUAAAAUUAAUGGGUGUACCCUUUGUUGAUGCACCAACGGAAGCUGAAGCACAAUGUGCAGCACUUGUUAAACAAGGAAAAGUUUAUGGCGUUGGAACUGAAGAUAUGGAUGCUUUGACAUUUGGUGCUGAUGUACUUGUGCGUCAUUUGACUUUUAGUGAAGCACGGAAAAUGCCUAUUCGUGAAUAUUCAUUAUCGAAAAUUCUUCAAAAUUUAGGAAUUAAUUUUGAAGAAUUUACUGAUUUAUGUAUAUUACUUGGUUGUGAUUAUUGUGAUUCAAUAAAAGGUAUUGGACAAAAACGUGCACUUGAUUUAAUUAAACAACAUCGUAAUAUUGAAACUAUUCUUAAACAUAUCGAUAAAAAAAAAUAUGCUGUACCUGAAGAUUGGGCUUAUGAACAAGCAAGACAGUUAUUUAAAGAACCUGAUGUUUUACCAGCUGAAGCAACUGAUAUUAAAUGGACUGAACCAGAUGAAGAAGGUCUUGUAUCAUAUAUGGUUAAUGGAAAAGGUUUUUCGUAA